AUGGAGGUAUAUGGAAAUUCUAUGGUAGCAGCUCCUUCAAAUGUUAUUUAUCUGUCAAGUAUUUUGGGCCAUGAUGGUCCGAGUUCUGUUCACAAAUGCGACUGGAAAUGCCAGAACGAACGUGUUUGCGGAAACAUGUUUCGCUGCAAGCUCACAGGGCUGACACACAUCUGUGAUAAAAACUGUAACCAGAGAAUUCUGUAUGAUAACCAUAGCUCCGUUUGCCGAGCAAGUCGUCAGAUUUUCCCCCUGACUCCUACAGAAGAACAGGCAGUGAGAGGUGUUCGAAGGAAGCUUGACGCAGCGGAGAGUGCGCCUGUUGAUAACAUCGGUUGUAAGCGUAGGCGGGAUGCACAGUUCCAUCCUUCUCCUUUUGAGAGAUCUUUCUCUGCUGUCAGUCCUAUCUGCAGCCAAGUUGGAGACGGCAUGGAUACGAAUUAG